CACCAUUGGCUAUUGUUUUGACGUUUUGUGCAUUAUUGACAUUUGCCAAAUGUUUUUUUAUGCACCAUCAUCCCACAUGUAAAAAAAAUACUUAUAGUGAUAUAAAAAGGUAAAAUAAACAAGAAAAAAGUGAUAAGAAAUAAAUUGGCUGAUUAUAAACAAUUAAUAUUCAGAAUGAUUCGUCGGCAGAAAGUUCUCACUGCUAUCGAGCUGCAAGCUAUUUUAGAUAGUUGGUCUGAUGGAGAUAGUGAUGGAGAGGAUAACUUUGUCCAACACGCAGACGCCGUUGAUAUUAUCAUAACGCCACCCGAUGUCGUCGAUAUUCUGAGUGACAAUGAGGAAUUGGACGACAAUAUUCAAUUGUUGCGCGAUGACCCGGAGCUGCCUCAUGAGAUUGCAGGGCAAUUUGAAAUUCAAUGCGUUUACGAUGACAGCAACGAGCACUUGCCAUCGGGUUGUGAUGGUGAUACCGUAAAUGAACCCGAUUUUGAACAAGAAGAAGAAGAUGAUACACCGGUGGCCUCGACAUCUAGUGGUCGUGGUCGCAAAUCAACGCUUAAAUCAAGUAAGCCACCUAAGCGACCCAGAAUCGAAGAGGGCAUGAAACCAAAAUGGUCUCGGUCGCAAAAUUAUCAAUUCACUAAGAUUCCAUUCGAUGAUUCGGCCACUUCACACAAAGCGUUGUAUGAGAAAAUUGGUGACAUGAAUCCAGUGCAGCUUUGGGAAAUGUUCAUCGAUGAGGAGGUGUUGAACCUGUUGGUUACUUCAACCAACCAAUAUGCUGCGACCAAAAAUUGUCCUUCGUUCAUAACAUCAAUUAGCGAAAUGAAAACGUUUUUGGGCGUGUUGUAUAUAACCGGUUACCAUACAUUGCCGCAAAUACAUAGUUAUUGGUCAAAUCGGGAAUCAUUAGGAUGCGCGCUAAUAAAAGAAUGUAUUUCAAGAGACAGAUUCAAACGAAUCAAACAGUUCUUUCACGUGUGUGACAACUCAGCAUUGGAUAUGAAAAACAAAUUUGCAAAAGUCGCACCAUUGAAUGACUUAUUGAACAAAAAAUUUCUUCAAUUUGGUGUUUUCUCUCACAACCUUUCCAUUGAUGAACAAAUGAUUGCCUACUACGGCCGACAUUCGUGCAAAAUGUUCAUCAAGGGAAAACCAAUUCGUUUCGGGUACAAGUAUUGGUGUUUGGCUUCGUCAGAAGGCUACUUGUAUCAACUACUUCCAUACGCUGGUGCAUCAGAACAGGAGGACCCAGGUUUCGGACUGGGAGAACGUGUUGUGCUAUCACUUCUUUCACAUCUGGAGGCCCGCGCCAAGCACACGGUUACCUUUGACAACUUCUUUACAAGUCACAAACUUAUGACUCGUUUGUCGAACGAUGGAUUCUUCGCUUUGGGAACUGUUCGUGAUAAUCGGACCAAUCAUGCCCCAUUAAUGAACAUCAAGGAAAUGAAAAAGAAGCCUCGCGGGACGUCUGACUUUCGUUUCGACACGAACAAUUCUAUUUUGGCGGUGCGUUGGAAUGAUAAUGCGGUCGUGACCUUAUUAUCGAAUUUCCUAAGCCAUACACCAAUGGUCCGCGCGAAACGGUAUGAUCGAAAGCAACGGAAAAUGGUUACUAUUGAGCAGCCGUAUUUGGUCAACGAAUACAAUCAUCUUAUGGGAGGUGUGGACCUUUUUGACAAUGCAAUGAAUAAUUAUCGAAUUCGGAUUCGGGGAAAAAAGUGGUAUUGGCCAUUAAUAACAAAUGCGUUUGACGCGGCUAUGGUAAAUGCAUGGAAGUUACAUUGCUUCUGUCGCAAGUAUGACAAGAAGCCACCGAUGUCUCAAUAUGAAUUUCGAGUGGAGGUGUGUGAAUCGAUUAUGAUCAAGUCCAGUUAUCAUCAUCCGGGUAGAACGUCGGCUUCCGGGGCACAACUGGCAAUGCGUUACGACCGUAUGGAUCAUUUCAUCGGAAAACUUAAUACUCGUCAUCGUUGUCCGCAAUGCGGUGGCAAAACUGAAUAUGGUUGCUUGAAGUGCCAAGUGAACUUGCAUCCCGCUCCUUGCUUUCUGGAUUACCACAACGGCGUUGAACCAGAUAAGAAAAAGAUUGCCAAGGCUAAGUAAUCUAUUUCUUAUAAAUAUAAUAAUUUCUCAGUAAAAUAAAAAAAAAUUCUAUUUAAUUAUGCGUUUUA